CCGAUCACGUGUAAUUCUGAUUUAAGCAGUAAUUUUCUUAUUAAAGUGUGUCAGUUAUAAGUGUUAUAAGUCUUUUUGCGCAUUUUCUAGUUGUCGCAGUUUCUGUGAAAAACAAUAGUGAAAAUGUUGGAACCAUUUCUAAGUCAACUAAACGAAAUGAGAAUUGUUUUGGCCAGUGGGUCAAAACAACGUGCUACCUUGUUAACUAGUACGAAACUCAAAUACGAAAUUAUACCUUCUGAUUACGAAGAGAAUUUAAAUCCAAAAGAUCACACCUUCUCAGAGUUCGUGGAAAAAACAGCGACUGGAAAACUCUUGGACGUUUGGGAGAAAUUAAAAAAUGACACCAAGAAGCCUGAUAUAAUCAUAGGUGUAGACACGAUGGUUACCUAUAAUGGACGAAUGUAUGGGAAACCAAAAUCACGCGAUGAUGCUAUUAAAACUAUAACGGACUUGACCCAAUCUGGCAUACCAAAUUCGGUUUACACAGGUGUUGCAAUUAGAUACAAGAGUAAGAUCCAUACAUUCACGGAGGUAACAACGGUAUACAUGCUUAAACUUGAUUUGGAGGAAAUUGUAGCAUACGUAGACACUGGCGAAUCAAAGGGAAAAGCAGGAGGAUAUGGAAUCCAGGGGAUCGCUAGUACGUUUGUGACAAGGAUAGAGGGUGACUGCAACAACGUAAUUGGUUUGCCAUUGUGUAGACUAGCUAGCGAGCUGAAAAAAAUUAUUGCCAAUAAAUGA